UCCUUCUCCCCACACAGCCAGUGAGCAGCCAAGAUAAGCUAGCGGCAAGCACACCAAACCGUGCGAAUGUCUGACACGGCCGCCGCCCCGCUCCUAACAAGCCACAAAACAAGGCCGGUCAAGGCGCCGUCGAUCGAUGACACCAUCGAGACGUACAUGGGCGCCACAGGCGCCCUGCAGCUCCUCAAGGCCGUCCUGCUGGCCUUCGCGUGGGCCUUCGACGCGCAGCAGGUGUUCAUCUCGGUCUUCACCGACGCCGAGCCGCAGUGGCACUGCACCGGCGCCGACGCGUCCUGCUCGGCCGCCGUGGCCUCGCCGUGCGCGCUCCCGCCCGGCGCGUGGGCGUGGGACCGGCCCGCCGUGACGUCGGUGGUCUCGGAGUGGUCGCUCAAGUGCGCCGGCCCGGCGCUCGUCUCCCUCCCGGCGUCCUCGUUCUUCGCCGGCUGCCUCGCCGGCGGCUUCCUCCUCACGACGCUCGCCGACUCGCUCCUGGGCCGCAGGAAGAUGCUGCUCGUGUCCAUUGUGUCCAUGUCCGUCGCUGGCGUGCUCACCGCGUUCUCGCCGAACGUGUGGGUGUACGCCGCCCUGCGUUUCAUGUCCGGGUUCGGCAGGUCCAUGGUUGGCACGUGCACGCUCGUCCUCUCCACGGAGCUCGUCGGCAAGAGGUGGCGCGACACGGUGUGCGUGGCGGGGUUCUUCUGCUUCACCCUCGGGUUCCUGUCGCUCCCGGCGCUCGCCUACACGUUCCGGGAGGAAUCGUGGCGGAACAUGUAUCUGUGGACGUCCGUGCCAUCCCUCUGCUACUCCAUCCUAUUCUACUUCCUCGUCCAGGAGUCACCGCGGUGGCUGCUGGUGCGCGGGCGCAAGCAGGACGCCAUCGAGACGCUGCAGCAGAUCGCUUCGCUCAAUGGCAACAGCAUCACGUCCAGCUUCUCCAUGCUGCACGCCUGCACCAUGAACAAUGACACGGCGGAGGAGAGCGGCGGCGACAGCGUGUUCGCCACGCUGCACUCGAUGUGGGAGCGCCCGUGGGCGCUCCGGAGGCUGGCGGCGAUCAUGACGGCCAGCUUCGGCGUCGGCAUGGUCUACUACGGCAUGCCGCUCAACGUCGGCAACCUGGGGUCCAACCUCUACCUGAGCGUCACGUACAACGCGCUGGCCGAGCUGCCGUCGUCCAUCCUCUCGUGGCUCCUGAUGGGCAGGAUCAACCGCCGGAGCUCGGUGAUCGCGCUCACCGGGGCGGCGGGGGUGUGGAGCCUCGCGUGCGUCAUCAUCCCGCAGGGCGCGGCGCGGAUGGCCGCGGAGCUGCUCUCCUUCUUCGCGACGUGCACGGCGUUCAACGUCAUCAUGAUGUACUCCAUCGAGCUGUUCCCGACGUCGGUGCGCAACUCGGCGGUGGGGCUGGUAAGGCAGGCGCUGGUGCUGGGGGGCGUGGCGGCGCCCGUGCUCGUCGCGCUGGGCCGCGAGAGGAGCUUCUUGUCGUUCGGCGUGUUCGGGCUCGUCGUCGGCUGCUUCGGCAUGUUCGCCGCCUGCCUGCCGGAGACGCGGGGGAAGGGCAUGUCGGACACCAUGGACGAGGAGGAGCACAAGGAGGCGGCGGUGGCCGCCUGCACCGUCGACGAUGCGGACUGUAACAGCGACCUCGUGUAAUUAAAACUAAACUGCGGGUUGAUGUACAAAGUUAAUACCAUGCAUGCUCCCAUUCCAAUCAAGUAAAACUGCUGCCAGGUCGCAGCACAUUACCGAACCCAACACGUGUGAACUACUAUGGUCCUGAACAUUUCAGACAAAAAAGAUUCAAUUAUUAUAAAACAGCUGGUCGUCCGAGUCACUGGUGACUGGUGAUGCCAAUGAUUAGAUGAGAGAUCGGAGCUUAUUCUAAUUCUGCAUGGAAUCUGCUUGGAAGAUGCUGAUAGAUUCGUCGUACCAUACAAAUAUAAAACAUGUAUAUAUACCAGGCUAAUUUGACCAUGCAUGAUAGCUGUCUACUUAUGUCGGCGCGUGUAAAAGCACAUAGCCGUGUUGCACCCUGCCGCCAUGAGAAUGGAAUACUGUUUCCACCUUUUUAUUUAUGCGACCUAUAUUGAAUUGAUUUGUCUUUUUGAUAGUA